CCUAAGAAGAUAGAAUGUGCAAUCAUGAAUUUGGAUAGUAAUAAAAAUCCUGGUACACAUUGGGUAGCCUUUGUAAAGCAAAAUGAUUAUGUUGAAUAUUAUGACAGUUUUGGUAAUUUAAAACCACCAUUAGAAUUAGUCAAAUAUUUUAGUAACUUAUCUAUAAACUAUAAUUAUGUACGACAUCAAGCCUUUGGUACAAUAAACUGUGGUCAUUUGUGUCUGAAAUUUUUAAGAAAUUAUUGGAAAAAACAUUUAUAUAAUGAAAAUUAUAAAUAAACGUGUCAGUAUAAUAAUGUCUUUCACUGUGUCUAUAACCGGAACAGGAGCCUCCUUAACAACAAAUUAUUCACCGACUUUAGAGCUUCGAGAGGACUACGAAUGCGGUCUUUUAUAUUUUUCAACCUUCAAUUCAAUUCCCAACAUAGAUGAAAGAAACAACAAGUUUUACUAUGGUGAAAAUGAGAUCAUCGAAAUUCCUGAAGGGUCUUACGAGCUUCAGGAUAUUUGUGAUUACUUAAAAAAUAACAUCAAGAACACUACAUUAAAACUUACUUGCAAUAAUAACACAUUGAAAACAAAUAUUUUUUGUUCUAAAGACGUUCAUUUUCAUAAAAGUAGCUCAAUUGGUAAAAUUUUAGGUUUUGGAAUGCAAACAAUAAAUGCAAAUAUAAGUACUGAAUCAAAGUAUCCUGUGAGCAUUCUAUCAACAACCAUUGUGAGGAUCGAAUGCGAUGUAGUCAGUGGUUCAUUUGUGAACGGGAAAGCAAGCCAUAUAAUUUAUGAAUUCGUGCCUAAUGUACCACCUGGUUAUCGAAUAAUUGAAAUACCUAAAAAUUUAAUUUACUUUCCUGUCAAUCAAAGUUCUAUAAGCGCUAUCAAUAUCAGGCUGUUGGAUGCUGAAAACAAAGAGAUAAACUUACGAGGUGAAGAAGUACAACUUUAUUUACAUUUCAGAAAAAAAUGAUUAACUUCAAUAAAAAUCCUUCUACAUUGCGCACUCCACUCAGUUCUAAAAGAACAUUCCACAAAGACAGACCGCUUCAGCUUAAAAAGAAGCUAACAAAGACCAAUAAAGAAUUUCUCAAAUUAAUUGGUUUAAUAAAAUGAAUAUUUUAAACAUAUCUCAACAAACAUCAUACGAUAACAGCAUUGAAAGUUUCGAGUAUCAUUCAUACAAACCAUACGUGACAAGUUUCAACAAGAAUGAUGAAAUACGAAUACCUAUCAACCAACAAGACUUGUACGUGUUACCUUCACUUAGUAGUCUAUAUAUCGAAGGUAAAGUAGUUGUGUAUAACAGCACCACCAAAGAAAAAGUAUCAAAUGUGCACUUCGUUAAUAAUCCAGGCUUAUUCCUCUUCCAAGACAUAAGAUAUGAACUUAAUGGAGUCGAAAUUGAUAAAAUUAAAAAUGCUGGUAUUACUACAACAAUGAAAUCUUACCUAUCCUUAAAUGAAAAUGAAUCCAAAUGUGGUCGAGUUUGGGGGUGGUCAACCGCAGGAACAAACAAUACCAGUGGUGGAGCAUUUUCUGCAUCUAUACCAUUAAAUAGAAUACUGGGAUUUGCAGAGGAUUAUGAAAAAAUUAUCAUUAACUGUAAACACGAGUUAGUGUUACUGAGAAGUAAUACUAACCUUAAUGCAGUCAAGUUAAAUGCAGGUGAAGUAGUAGAUGACAUAAUAAUCAAUAAAAUUAUUUGGCGCGUUCCACACAUCAAAGUUUCAGACCGUGAGAGGAUUAACCUAUUGAAACACUUGGAGAAAGAUCGAGCUAUUCCAUUAGUGUUUCGUAAUUGGGAUCUGUAUGAAUAUCCAUUACUACCUAAAACACGUAAGCACACUUGGUCUAUAAAAACUUCAUCGCAAAUAGAAAAACCACGAUUUGUUGUAAUUGCCUUACAAACCAAUCGCAAACAUAAUGCUGUGUUGUCAAUGGCGGAGUUUGAUCAUUGUCAUGUGCGAGAUGUAAGAGUCUUUUUAAAUUCAACAUAUUAUCCGUAUGAAGGACUAAAUGUCAGUUUUUCAGAGGAAAAAAUUGCUUUAUUAUACGAACAGUAUUCAAGAUUUCAGCAGUCGUAUCACGGACGCCGGUCAGAGCCGUUGUUGAGCUUGAAAGAAUUCAGAGACGUAGCUCCCUUAUUUGUUAUCGACUGUUCAAGACAACACGAAACUUUAAAAGGUUCGAUCGACGUAAGAGUUGAAAUUGAAACAGACCAAGAGAUACCAGAUCAGACAGCUGCUUAUUGCUUGAUUCUAAACGAUUGUAUAUUUGAAUACAAACCUCUGAGUAAUAUCGUCAAGAAAAUAUCAUGAAUAGCAAUAAUAUAAUCGUAGAUCUGCAAGGAUUUAAAAAUAGCAAAAAUGAAUUUAUAAUAAAAGAAUUUGCUAUAGCUACUCAAGAGCAUACUCACAUAUUUUUGAUUAAGCCUCCA